AUGUCAUCUCAGCGACCUAAGCUAAUUUCUUUGGAUGCGUUUGCCAAAACGGUUGAAGAUGCAAGGAUCAAAACUGCCUCAGGUGGUAUAAUCACCUUAAUUUGUAUCCUAGUUGCAUUAUUCUUGAUCCGUAAUGAAUAUAUUGAUUAUACCACAGUGAUUGCUAGACCGGAACUAGUCGUUGAUCGUGAUAUUAAUAAACAAUUGGAUAUAAAUUUAGAUAUUUCAUUCUUGAAUCUACCUUGUGAUUUAGUAUCAAUUGAUUUAUUUGAUGAAUCAGGCGAUUUGAAAUUGGAUAUCAUAAAUUCACAAUUGGAGAAAUUCAGAAUAAUUAAACUGGGUCAUUCAUCAAAACCAACGGAAAUUAAAGACGACCAACCGCCUUUACAACGCGAAAUGCCUUUGGAACAAAUUGCACCCGGUUUACCUGAUGGACAAACUGAAGGUGAAUGUGGAUCUUGUUAUGGAGCUGUACCACAGGAUAAGAAACAAUAUUGUUGUAAUAGUUGUGCUGCUGUACGUCGUGCCUAUGCUGAAGCCAAUUGGCAGUUUUACGAUGGGGAAAAUAUCGCCCAAUGUGAAGAAGAGGGUUAUGUACAACGGUUGAGGCAACGUAUUAAUGACAAUGAAGGGUGUCGAGUAAAAGGAACCACCAAGAUUAAUCGUGUCGCUGGAACUAUGGAUUUUGCUCCUGGUGCUUCAAUGACUAAAGAACGUCAUGUUCAUGAUUUAUCAUUGUAUAUGAAGUACAAAGACAAGUUCAAUUUUGAUCAUGUGAUUAACCACUUGUCGUUCGGAAACAAUCCACCAGAUAGUCAAUUAGUUGAUACUGGAUCCAUUUCACCAUUAGAUGGACACAAGUUUCUUCAACAUAAGAAAUUACAUCUGAUCAACUACUUUCUCAAGAUUGUUGCUACUCGAUUUGAAAGUUUAGAAGGUAAGGAUAAAUUUGAUACUAAUCAAUUUUCAGCAAUUACUCAUGAUCGCCCCUUAGCUGGAGGUAAAGAUGAUGAUCAUCAACAUACUUUACAUGCAAGAGCUGGUGUUCCUGGUGUAGCAUUCAAUUUUGAUAUUUCACCUUUGAAAAUUAUUAAUCGUGAAGAAUAUGCCAAGACUAGACUGGGUUUUAUUUUGGGUGUUGUCAGCUCGAUUGCUGGUGUGUUGAUGGUUGGCUCUUUGAUGGACCGUAGUGUUUUUGCUGCUCAACAAGCGAUAAAAGGUAAAAAGGAUUUAUAG